AUGAUGACAUACCGUAUAAUUAUAUUUUUGUUGGUUAUUUUUUCAAUUCAAGGAAUAUUUGGUAAACAAUGUUUGAGUGAUCAAUGGCCACCAAAACCAGAUCGAGUAGUACCAACACAUAUUGUUAAUUUAGAUUCACCACCUAUCGAACGUUGGCAAGAAAUUGCAACUAUAUACAAAUCUGAAAUUAUUGAUUUGGUUGAUUAUAUCAAACAAUUUGUUCUCUCAAUUUCACCUGAACUACAAUUUCUAGUCAGUCUUGUCGAUACUAAACUGCCGGCUAUGGCUGAUACAUUACCAGCUCCGUAUGGUGAUGAAAUGAAGGGUAUUAGUCAAGCAACUGGAAUACCAUUGGAAGAUCAAUAUGGUAAUAUUCUUCAUGGACGAAAUCUUGACUUUGGACUUUUAUUGGGUUGGGAUAUGUUAAAUAAUACAUGGACAUUAUCAGAAAAGUUACGUCCAUUGAUUACACAAGUAAAUUUUACUCAAAAUGGUCAAGUUCUUUUCAGAACAACAAGCUUUGCUGGAUACAUUGGUGUUAUAACAGGCGUAAGACCAGGUAUUUUUAGUAUAUCGAUGAAUGAACGUUAUGGUUUUAAAGGUGGCUAUAUUGGCUUAAUUGAAUGGAUAUUUAAUAUUAAUCGUAAACAAUCAUUUGUUACAUUUGCUAUGCGUGACAUGUUAACAACAUCAGAAAGUUACGAUGAAGCUGUUAAAUAUUUAACUGAAGUUAAACUUACAGCUCCAUGCUAUUAUAUUCUUGCUGGACCAGAAUCGAAACAAGGAGUUAUUAUUACUCGCUCACGUAAUAGUUCAGAUGAUAUUAAACCAUUAGGUAAAGAUAAUUUAUGGUUUUUGAUCGAAACAAAUUAUGAUAAUUGGAAAAAACCACCUUUCUUUGAUGAUCGUAUAACACCAUGUAUCGAAUGUAUGGAAAGUAAAGGAAGAAAUCAAGUUACUUUCGAAUCAUUGUUUAAUGUUUUUUCUUCACGACCAGUGCUUAAUAAAUUGACUGUAUAUACGGCUUUGAUGGAACCAGCAACUGGUCGAUUGGAAUCCUAUUUUCAAUAUUGUCGUGAUGAAGAAGCACCAUGUGCACCUUGGUAG